AUGACACAAAGGCUGAGUGUCUUUUAAGGUGUGGAUGCAGGAAUAUGGCCUACUUAAAUUGAAUGCAAUAUAACGAAAGCAAAAGGGCUGUUUCAGCUUAAAGAUGUCUUUAAAGAACCUUGUUGGUCAGAAGAUUUUGAAUGAUGUUGUCAAGAGCUGUAAAGUGCCUGGGGAAUGGAAAGCUCUGGUUGUUGACCAGCUCGCAAUGCGGGUCAUAUCUUCCUGUUGCAAAAUGCACGAGAUUAUGAUGGAAGGCAUAACCAUUGUGGAAGAUCUUACGAAAGGUCGACAGUCACUCCCUUUGGAAGCAAUCUACUUCAUAACGCCAACAGAAAAAUCUAUUGAUUUGAUGCUUGACGAUUUCAAAGAAGCAUCGAAUUUUAGAUACACUGCUGCCCACAUAUUCUUUACAGAAACAUGUGAUGCAAAACUAUUUCAGAAGCUCUCCAGUUCAAAAAGCUAUUUGUCUAGGAAGAUAAAGACACUGAAAGAAAUCAACAUUGCAUUCUUGCCUAUGGAGGGUCAAGUUUUUUCAUUAGAUUCAUAUGAUGCUUUUGAUAAGCUAUUUAGCCCCUCUGUGAAUGAUGAAAACAGGCAGAAAAUGGUUGAGGUUAUUUCAGAGCAGCUUGCAACUGUAUGUGCCACUCUUGGUGAAUAUCCAUCCAUCAGAUAUAGGCAAGGGUCGUCUGUUGCCUUAGAUGUGGCAGAGGCUGUCUCAAGACGGAUUGACUCAUUUAAAGCAGAUGAUCCAUCAAUAGGUGAAGGCCCUAAUAAACAACAGUCUCAGCUGCUCAUUCUUGAUCGUGGGUUUGAUUGUGUUGCCCCCUUGCUCCAUGAGCUGACAUAUCAAGCCAUGGCAUAUGAUUUGCUGGAUAUCCAAAAUGAUGUAUACAAGUAUGAGGAGCACAGUGGAGGGGAUUAUCAACUCAAAGAGGCCAUUCUUGACAAUAAUGAUGAGCUGUGGACAUCUCUUAAACACAAGCAUAUUGCACAAGUAUCACAAGAAAUUAUCAAGAAGUUUAAAGAAUUUCAGGAGAAAAAGAAAGUUGGCAUGCCUGGAACAAAAGAAAAGCAAGCUACAAUGAAAGAUUUGCAUCUGAUGAUGAAAAAGCUUCCACAGUACCAGAAAGAACUGAGUACAUACAGAUUGCAUUUGAACCUUGCUGAUGAUUGCAUGCGCCAUUACAAAGAAGGACAAAUUGAAAAACUGUGUUUUGUUGAACAAGAUUUUGCAACUGGUUAUGACAAGGAUGGUGAAAAGAUCAAAGAUCCCAUGAGGUCUGUUGUACAAGUUUUGCUUGACAAAAAGACAAGUGAAUAUAGCAAGAUGAGAAUUAUCAUAUUGCUUGCAAUUGUUAUGCAAGGUCUGAGUGAUGAAAAUAUGACAAAACUGAUGGAACAUGCAAAGAUCUCAGGUGCUGAAAGAGCAGCAAUCUUAAAUAUGGUGCACUUGGGCGUGCCAGUAGUGCAAGGCAGUGGCAAGAAAAAGGCCACUCCUCAACGGAAAGAAAGACCAGGUGAAUCAUAUACAACUUCAAGGUAUGUCCCAUAUGUAAAAGACAUAAUGGAAGACGCAAUAGAAGGAAAACUUGACCAGAAAAUGUUUCCAUUCUUAACCACAAGAGGAAUGAGUGGUAUGGGUGUCUCAGGUGUCAUUUCUGCCAGACGAGGAAACUAUGGCAACUGGCAUAAAGAUAAAAACCAAACUGAUGCAAAGAGUGGACCAAGAAUCAUAAUUUGCGUUCUUGGGGGUGUUUGCUACUCAGAGACAAGGUGUGCAUAUGAAGUCACAGAGGUUUACAAAGAUUCAUCAAAGAACUGGGAAGUCAUUAUUGGAGGAACAGAGAUAAUCACUCCAGAUGUUUUGCUGAUACGACUAAGAGGAUUGUGAUUCAGUUGCUGAAGCUGCAGAAUUAGUAAAGAUUGACAGAUCAUCUCAUGUAUGAUACAUGGCAUAAAGUUUCAAGAUGUUUUGUAUUGUAAGUUUUGUUGGCAAUUCUAUGAUGUUGAAUGCACCUUAAUAUAUUUCAUUAACAUUAAUAAAUUGUUAUCCAAAUUGAUUAGAUGAAAGCAUUUCAAUACCAAUUUUCAGAGUCCACACAUAUAUUAACCAUGAUUAUUAAAAAAUUUAUCCAGUGGCUAGUACUUCAAUGUAGUUUGUGCAUUUCUGCAGAUAGGCAUACAUCUGUGAUCUGCCUAGCUGAAAUAUGAGUAGCAAAGCAUUGAUACACCAGAAAAGAUAAAAUGCCAGGAAAAAUUUGCUUCAUUGCAGUUAUCUUGUUGCUAUCAUGAUAUAUACCAGAUUGAUUGUCAUGUUACAAAAGGCUUACUUACUGAAAGAUCGUUGGUCAAGAAUUAUUAAAUUAUAAAAAUCAACAAUCAAUUUUGUUAAAGGGCCUGCAGUUUACAAUUGAGGUUUUGGUGGAUAUGUAUUAUGGAAAAAUUCCUCCGUAGAGGUUUCGUCACACGUACCAAAACAACCUCUGUUCUCAUUAAAGCCUACCACCCAACUAUUUUUGAAACAUUUCUCUAAAGCUGAACUUUUUAGACUGGAAACAAGCAAGGAUUUUUAUUUUCCUAUUUCACCACAUUUCAGCAAAACAUAAAUUGUAAGGUUUUUUGUUAUUAUUAGAGAGCAGAAAAUUUCCUCUUUUAUGUCAGGUACCUCUACAAUACAGCCAAAUUUAAAUGCUGUUUUGUUGAACAUAAUUCAACUUCAUAUUGAAAUUAGUUUGUGUCGAAAAUAGUAAAUUUGUGACAGCUGUCUUGGCCAAUAGUGCAAUAUCUCUCUGUUGAAAAUUGAUCAUUAAAGAUAAAUGUGUAAAAUUAAUGAAAAAUUAUUCUCAAGAAUAGCUAGAAUCAGUUGCUCUUGUUUGUUUAUUUUGAAAACCUGCAAUAUAAUUAACAUUAUCAAGUUUUAGUUUAUGAUUGAGCUUUAAGGAAAGUAUGCUAAGCAUGUUCUGUCUUUACUGUGUUGACCUUGCCAGCAAAAUUAAUAUGUAAAUUAGUUCUUUGUUAUAACAUUAUCAACACUUGUAAAUGUUUAUCAGUUAUAACUUGGGUUUUAUGUUUUAUGGCAACUAGCUAUAAAUUACAAGGAAAUCUUAAAUCAACUUUUUUGUCUGCCAGCCUUUGUCAUAAUUUCUGUAGACAUUUUAAAGGACAGGAAUAUUACCAUAAGGUAUUUUCAGUUAGGUGAAAUGCGUAAGCUGUGGCUGUUAGGUUAUUAAGGCUUCGAUAUGUAUUGAAAAAAAACAUCUGGCAGAUUUUAAAGAAACCUGGCUUCAUAUUUGCUUGGUUUACUCAAGACCAGUGUAAAUAUUUUCAAUUUCUUUUCUAUGUCACAAUCUUAAAAAAUAUUUGGUUUAUGCAGCAACCUUGCCUUAUUUGUAGAUAGGGUCAUGUUUCAUUUUUUGAGAUAGGGUUGUUCUGCAUUGCUUGUUCCCUAAAAGUCAUGCAACAAUGUUUGUAAAAAUCAUAAAAUCAUAAAAUCAUAAAAAGUAUUCUUAAAUCCAGUUUUUCUCUUUCAACUCAAGCAUCAAGAAAGCUUGUGGAAUAUUUUGGCCCUUUGCAAUGGUUGAUUUAAAAGAUAGAUGCAAGGAAUUGUGUUUUUGUGGAAACAGUCACCUUUCAUGCUCUAAACAGGAAAUAGCUAAAACAUCAUCAACAUAUCAAAAAUAGGUGGCUCGUUUUUAGAUUUGGUUAAAAGAAUUGAUUUUCAUAAGAACUUUCAAAAAUGUCAAGGUGGAUUUCCUCUUCACGGUAUGGAUAGAAAACGGUAUAUGGUAUUAGAAUGCGCAGAAGAUAUUUUGAUAUACACAAACUGUAACCUUACCGAACUGCUUUCUGUUUUUGAAAGUUGAAAUCAAGGCAAUCUUUUUCCACUGCCGUUUUACCUUCCAACCAAUCAUAUUCAAGCCAUUACGUCACAACUUCAACAACAAACUGGCUUCGUACUGUGUCGCAGUCAUUCUGAAAUAUAUGCACUUUUUUACUUUUUGCUAUUCAUCCUCUCAAUCAAAAGUUGACCAAUCAGUGACUCGCACGUUCACUGGCUAAUAUUGAUUGGCAGAUGGCUAAAUGGGACGACACCUGUCAAUCAUUUUGGGAAAAUGUUGCAAAUUAUUAGAAGAGAAAUUUAGCAUUAACAAAAUGAAUGUAUGAAUCCAGUUAGAAAUGAAGGUAUGGAAUAUGAGUAAUAUCGAGAUUUGAAGAUGAAGAAAAAUGAUCACAUGGUAACCAUUUCUAGUUUACUGGACAUCGCAUAUCUUGCAACUGCAAAUUUAUCAAGCUAUCAACCGCUGUUUUUUUUUAUGAUUUGUUUUCUGUCAUUUGCCUAAGGAUUUGAAAUUGACUAAAACUGUACUAUAAUGUUUGCCUUGUUAGAAAAUCGAUGUAUUUUCUUGAGAGAAAGCUUGUUAGCUAGAUCUUCAUCCUCGGGCAUUGACACUGAAAAUACAGAAUUUUCCAGAAAGUAAUGUAGUUUUUUAUCAGUGUCAGAAAAUUGAUUUUAUUUUUAGCAUUUGACUUUUGUCCGGGAGUAUGGGCAGUUUUUCUUGUUGUAAAGAUGUACUUUUAAUUUCCCUUGAAUUUAUUCAUUACAAUGUUGAGUUAAAGGUGACUCGAUGUUUUUUAACCUACAGUGCAUCAUAGUGAAAUUCAACUUGUGCUGAAUUUUAGUUUUUGUAUUCUGUAUUUUGUUAUGAGUAAAGAAAGAAAAAAUAGACCAUGUGAUAGGCUGUGAACUUUAAUCCGGGACGUUACACUUUAAUCCGGGACUUUGGACUUCUAAAUUUUUGCGAUGUUUUGAUACAGACUUUGUUGGUUUAAGUGUGAGUUAUUUUCCCCCUUUUUUCUUUCUCGGGAAAUCAGUAUCAAAAUUAGAUUUGGCUCAGAACUUAGUCUGGAUUUCUAUUGUUUAGACUAUUGUUCUAUCCAUAUGUCUGAACCAAUGAGAAAUUGCAUCAUAUGCACAAUUCUAAAUAGUUUCUAAUCUAUAUCAGGUAGAUUAUUUAAAAAAAGAGGGUUUCAAAAUUUCAACGCAGUUGAGCAGGACUGCUCUUUGUUCUAGGACCAAUGGUAGGAUGCCCUUUAUAUCAUGGGGACUUAUGCGCAGGACCAAAGUGCAAGGUUCCCUAUUUAUUAUCGGUACCCUUAUAUUGAACAGGACCUCAAAGAAAACACAGGGUGCCCGUAUCAGUUGAUGGAACUUAGGAUUCUGUAUCGAAAAGAAGCAGAACACUUCCUUAAUGCAAAUAUGAAGUUCUUUCAUAAAUAGCUGUUUUUUACAUGAGGAGAAAUAGAUUGUUUUUUGUAUUUUAAUGCGGUAAGAUAUCUAGCCGGUUUUGAAAUUAUAGUCGAAAGCAUACUGGCUGCGCAAUUUUAUUUGCUAGGUUUUCAGACAUUUUAUACAGUCCUCAUAAAGCAGUCUUGUUGAUAGACAAGAAAACGAUGGUUGCCGAACUGAUAAUGAAAAUGAAAUUGAAAAGCGACGCUGGUAAAUUUGAUUCAAAAGGAAUAACUUGGCCUAAUUGACCUAAUUGCAAUACGAGGCUUCUUAGAAAUUCAUUGGUUCAAGUUUUAUCAGGAGACAGAAAGGUGGUGGUUUCUCUAGAAGAGAUGACACGGACAAAGUAGUCUUUGCAGAAAUAGCACUUAAACACUGCCUUACAAUCAAAAUUGCUGUAAAACAUCCUUGUUUGAUUUCAAUAGCACUUGAGUCGAUGCAUGAGCUUUUUCUUUUGUGUUUCAAGGGUUGCUGCGCGGAACAAAGCGCGUGGUCACGUCCUGCACUUUUCUCUCUCCCUCUCAGGUAUACAUUUUAGUUACCUCUGCACAUCUCAGGAAUGCCAUAAAGCUUACGCGAAGCUCUCAAAGCUUUUCGAUGAAACUGCAGCUUUGCUUUUGCCUUGGCGAUAAAACACCUGCAAAACUUUUUUUACUGUU